AUGGUAGCUCAUGUCCAUCUACUGCGAGUCUUCUCUGCAGGUCCAGGUGGCGGCAUGUCGAACGCAGAAAUGCAAGCAGUUGCCACAAGCCAUAAGCACGAGAGCGGGUUCGUCUUCCCGCACCGGCAGAUUCGGUCUGCGACUAUGAAUUUCCUUGGAAUGCUCGAACGGGACAAGGAUCGUCUCUUGACCAGGAGCGGUAUUAUCGAAGCAAAGGUCUCGCAUGAUUCAGGCGACACAGACGAUACAAAGGAUGGGAUAUGGGUUGAAAUAUCCCAGCCUGCAUGCACGGUAAUGGACUCUAUGGAAGACGAUUACACCAAUGAGAUUGUGUCUGUUUUGGGGGUUUCAAAAGAUGAUUUGUACCCUGGGCUAUAUAUCCAGAAUGCCGCCACGAGCAGGGUGAAGACGCUGGUCCCACUCAAGUCGGUUUCUUUGCUGAACACUCUGGAGCCACAGUUCUCCCGGAUAGAAACGCUCUGUGAGAAGAUUGAUAGCACCGGUGUGUAUCCAUAUGCUGUUUCCAAUUUCAAACUACAGGAGUUUGAAGCGAGGCAAUUUCCCAAAGCCUCCGGAUACCGCGAGGAUGCUGCGACUGGAAUCGCAGCAUCUGCUUUGGCCUUUGGGCUUCUAAUGAAUGGUCAAGUGCACAGCACGGAUCGGAAUGUCAAGAUUAAGCAGUGUUCGGCCAUGGGCCAUCCAUCUGAGAUCAGUGUCAGGUUUAGGAAACGGGGCGAUGACGUUAACAGCUGUUGGAUUGGAGGCAGUGCUGAGUUAGUGACUGCAGAGAAACCAUUGUGA